AUACUUCACUCUGACCGAGCUGAGCUUCUCCUUUUUGAAAAUUUAUUUUCACUGAUGUUCUUUGGAACGAUUUCAAUUUUGAAGAAAGGUUUGUAAAUUUUUUAAUGUACAAAAUAAAACUUAAGGUUUUAUCUUGUACGAAUAUGGAACCCGUAUAUGUGCUUAUGUAAGUAAGCACUCAAGGUAUUCUCGCUCGGGUAGGCAUUGAUGAGCUUGUCGAUUUCUAAUCAAAAGCAUUUUUGGUUGCUUUAAAGCCGCAUUAUAAAGCUUAUGAAGUUCUAGAUAUGGAGUCAGUAAGACAUAAUUACCAGAUUUUCAAUAUUGAUAUUUAGAGUAUAGCGUUAAGUUAGUCAAAUUAGUUUAAGUAAGCGUACACUUUAUCUCCGCCGGAUGUAUUGUCGAUAAUUCCGCUCGUGCUAAAUAUAAGCCGGGUCCCGAAACGGACGUCUUAGAUUUCCCUUUUAUAACGAAUCCCUAUUCAGCGGACACCUCUAUAAAGCGGACCCGGACACUAAAAUAAGUUGUAUUUGGUAAAUUUCUAUUGUUAAAAACCUUUAUUAAGAGGACACCGGACUUAUAUAAGUAGUAUUGGAUUACGUCCUUGAAAUACGUAUUGAAGUCAGUUAAUGUUUUUGUAUUUACUAGCCUGCGAAAACAUCCGUUUCUCCUCGCUCUUCGUCGCUGGGGACGUUUCGCGCGGAGGAACGUCUGCGACUCAGCGACAGAAAUUCCAUACUGAUGACGCAAAUCAGUGUUUACAUAAUAAAUCCGGUAGUCAUGGGGUUCCAAAUAUAAAUUUGUCUAAUUUUGCGUGUCUUCUGGUCCAUUUUGGUAAAGUGCUGUGUUGAUCUGCCCACGAGCUUCAACAAAACUCAAAUGCUUUUUCUAGAGAAGGCUAUAUUCCACAAAUAUUGACGGUUUUGUUAGAGAUUCUUCGCGUUUACAUUUGACCUUUGUGGCCUUUUGUCUUUUGUCUGUCAUUCAUAAACAAUAGCUAAAACAAUGUAACUGCUGCGUCGACCAAUCAGCGCUUCUGACCGGAUUCCGGACAGAUUUUACGUCAUCAGUAUGGAAUUUCUGUCGCUGAGUCGCAGACGUUCCUCCUCGCGAAACGUCCCCAGCGACGAAGAGCGAGGAGAAACGGAUGUUUUCGCAGGCUAUGUAUUUACAAACAAAUUAAAAGUUGGUAAUGAAAGUUAAUGAACGUGAACUCUGGAUAGCUUCUUUAUGCAACUUUAUCACAGUACAGAGUAACCGUUGAAUGUUGAUUGUUAACAAACAUUGUGCGAUUUUUACAACCUCUAUUAAGCGGACACUUGGGAAGGUGCCGAAGGUGUUUGCUUAAUAGAGGUUUCACUGUAUAAGUUUAAAUGCUGGGAUUCGAAUGUCAAUUUGUUCUUGAAACAAGCAACAAGUUAAGUGUACCGGAGAAGUCUCUUACAGAGUUAAGUGCCUGUUUUAUGGUGCACUUUUAUGUAUUACUUUGUCAUGACACAACUUAAACACAGGUCGCUGGCUGGUGCCAGAUUGAUUGUGCGUAAGGGGCAAACACAGAAACCAAAUCUUACAAACAAACCAAAAUCAGUGCAAAAAUUGUGUAUCAGUUUUUUUGUAUUAAGUCUAUAACUGUUUUCAAUGAAAGCAAGACUGGGACCAUUCAAGCGUUCCAGUAAGUAAAGUUACAGAAAGAGCAUCAGAAAAAGGCCUAAUUCUAAUUCAUUUGUAAGAUGUUUUUGGGUUUGUCCCCACUCUGACCCAAUUAGGGACAAGUACCUCAAAACGUGGCGGGGAGGGGGUUGGGAGUGACAAAGUUUUGGAAAAUGUGAGCUCACACUUGUGGGACGGCUGUUCGGGGAAGGAGCAUUAGCUCAUUUCCAGAACAGAAGCGGGAAUUGAGCCUAACUUAUGGGUUAUUUGAUGUUGUUUAAUCAUGACGCACUAGUUAGUUUUCACCAGUUUGUUUUUUACUUUUGCAGUCUCUGUUACGUAACAUGUAAUCUACCAGUCCUAUAAUAAUAUGACAGCAUGCAUUAAUUUUGGACAUGUGUGAUGUCAAAGUAAAAUGAGCAAUGGAGAAAAAAGGCAAGUGAGCGACACUUAAUUUCAGGAUAAUAAUUCGUCGUUGAUCUGGUGCCAAAUGGGCCACAAUCAUCAACUUAUGAUUUUUGUAAUUUUGAGUUCUUAAGUUAAAAAGUAAAAUAGUAAAAAUCUCCAUGUUCAUGCAGGUGCCUUGACAUGCUAAAGGUUCCCUUCCAAAAUGACCCUGAAAGACACAUACACACAGGGGUCAAACCAUUUUUAAUUUAAUCCGUUGGAAUAAGUAGACUGUACCGUAAAAUCCCGUGUUAAAGCCCUUGGCUUAUAUAACUUCAUAAGAGGUUUUUGGGUGGGCUUAUAAUUGAGGGGGGGGGGGCAACGGGGAUCGGGGGUGGUGGGGGGGGCAUAUAAGUGGAAUAAAAAAAAUGUUUCGGAAGGAUGAGAGAAAACGUAUCUGAGAAACGAAUUAAAGUGAACAUACCAUUACAUUUAGAGUUGUGUCAUUUAUUGUGCAUCUAUAUAAAUAGAGAGUGUAUUUCAAAAACAUCUAUAAAACACUUAUGCAACUGGGACAACUAGAACAGAAAUGAACAAAAGUGAAAAACUACAAGCCUUAAUGUUGUCAAUUUGCCUGUUUGUGUGCAUGGAAAACUGACAUGCCAGAUUUUAGCUAGCUGUUUGCUCUGUUACCCCAAAACAUUGGAGUUGAAAAGUUGUUGGAAAUGAAUAGUGGAACAGAACUUGAAGUGUUGUUAUAAAAUAUAGACAUGAACAUUUCAUUCUCUCUUUGGUAUCAAUAUAAUCAUUUUUAUAAACUCCACAGCCACUUGUUUAUGCCUAAAAACAGAGCAAAAACGAACACACUUAGCUUAUACAUGGGUUUAUAACAGGGGGAAAGCUUAUACCCAGGGGGCCUUAUAUCUGAAGUAAUAUCUUUGUUAGCAAAUGGAUAGGCUUAUAUCCGGGAGGGCUUAAAACCGGGGGGGGGGGCUUUAACGUGGGAUUUUACGGUAUACUUUUGAGUGCCUCUGCUCCCUGUGGCUUUAUGUAUUUUUUACUUACAAUAACCACCUGCCAUAAGCAACCAAUAUUUUAAGUGACCACCCAUCCAAAACACCAAACAUUUUCCCAGGUUACAGGUCAAAACUAUAUUCAGGUUAAAUUUUUUUAACUUGGGGUGAUUCUCAUUUCCUUUGUCUCCUACAGUCUGUAGCCCCGACAUGUAACUCAUGAAUAUAUAGCAUUAGGAGAGAAAGAAAUUUGAGAAUCUCUACUACACUUUUUUAUUUUGUAUAUCCGCCUUUUAUCAUUGUCAUGUAAUUACUUUGUGUACACUAUAAACCCUGGCCUUGUAAACUUAUUCUUUUAUAGCUCUGAGGGAUUCCAAUAUCUAUUGGAUCUGUGUACUUUCCGUAUUCAUGCAGCGUGCAAAGAAAGUACUGUCCGAUAGCCCGGGGCUAGUGGAUUUUGCUAUCGGGCUAGUGAAUUCUGUUUUUAACUUGCCCGACGGGCAAGUGAUGUUUUAUGAGGAAUUUGACGAGAAGAACAAAACGUUUUUGGGGCUAGUUGAAAUGACGUCUGGGCUAGUAAAUGCUAGCUUCAGCUUGCCCGAAGUUCAAGCUGUAAAAAUGAUUUUCCUUGCACCCUGUCAUGUCUUGUUUUUCUUUUUUUUUCUUCUUCUUCUGUGGUGAAAUAGAAUCAACCUACAAUCAGCUACAAAAUUGUUGAGACAUUGUACUCAGAUAGGGUAAAUACGGAUAACAAAAGAAUCCACACCCUCCCCCUGUCUCCUUCAUUCAAAGUUGAGGUGUUUGUUGUUUUCUAUAGGGAGCUCGAACAGUGGCACAACAUUGCCUGGAAGGGAUGGGUUAGGAAAAGUGAUAUUUUCCCCUUUUGAAGUCAGUAAAACGUAAAAAAGCCCACUUUAGAACGAAAUUGUGAAAAUUUCUGACCAGCAAGGUCAAGUAAAACGAAAGCAAUUAGCUUAAGAUUUUUUUUGUUGACCACAACAAAUGAAAACCAGAGGAGAUUACAAGUGAAGGCCGCUACGAUUCAGAGUACUUUUACAGUGAUGCUGACAAAAAAAUUUCUGAAUCAAAACAUUAGAAAGCUUUCCUGUGAGAAAAAGGUCUUUACACUAAAAUCUAGCACCAAAGGAUCAGAACAAGCAGAUAAUUUGUGGAUCAAACUUUAAUGUUACCUUUUGCUUUAAGUGGAACAGACCUAUACCUUUACGAAGGUAUAUAUGCAUGCUUUGCUCAUUAGGAGCUGGACCCCUUAAUAGAGAUAUACCAAAUUUUUGUAGCAUUUAAUUAUAAUGCACCUAUCAAUGUAAAUCCUGUGGGGGGGGGUGCGGGCAAGGGGCGGGGAUUUGAUGCCUGAGACUUUCCCCCAGUCGGGCUUUUGAUCGUGCGAAGCGACCCCGGAGUCGGGACAUUUGACUUUGACCGACAGAAGCCUGGUAUCAUUUCAGAAGCAGUUACCAAAUCCAUCCCUCGAGGCUUUCUGAAAGCCACGCUGUUGGAGAAAGGUGUGAAGUUUUCAUUUGUUCUAAUCGCCAUAAUCCGAUACGUUUUUAUUAUAAUAGCACGGUCAAUCUUCCUAGAGUGAUUUUGUUGUUCAAAAUAAGAGAUGCUAGUGGAGAGAUAAAAAUUAUACAUAGUAUUGUUUGUUUAGUUUUUUUCUCCUGGGGUGGGGUUUUUUUUGACACUUUUUAUUGACCUUUCGUUUCCCACCCUGGGGAAUUUGAUUGAAAAAUUUUAAAAUUUGUCAAAUCCCCACCCCUUGCCCGCACUACCCCCCACGGGGUUUACAUUGAUAGGUGCAUAAGUACUUGUCUUCAAUAACAUGAUACAGUUUUGGCUCCUGAACUUUGUUGCGAAAAUCUGCCACUUUUACAAAUCAAAUAUACAAUUGUAAGCUUAAUUACUAUGUUUCUUUUUAUUUGGCAGAAUCUCCAAGUGAUGACCUGGAUAGUAGCUUCCCCAAUGAGAAGGGUUUGCUGGUGGCUGUAAAAGAGGAAAUAACACAACCUUCAAAGCAGACUGCUCUUUCUACAUGUACUACUGGUAUGUCACAGACUGAGUUAGAUGACAGUGGCUUCUUUGCUCCUCAGAAUGAGGAGAGCCAGGACAAUGACAAUGUUGACAUUGUUAAAAUGACAUUUAAGGUCAGUAUUCUCUGGAAAAUAUUUCUUAUUGAUUUUUUUUAUCAAAAGCACAAUGUGCCAUAAGUAUAACUGCAUGAUAUAUUUUGUUUUUAGGAAAAAGAGGAUUUAGAAAUGAAGGUUACUUCCUUGGAUGAGGUACUAAAACUACUUAAUUAUUUACCAUUACCUAGUUUUGACGACUGAUUUGGCCUUUUACUGAUAAAAUUAUUUCAUUGACUCUACCCACCACUAUUUGCCUCCUAAUUGGGGGAUAGUUGAAAAAUUAUUAAUUUUUUGGUCUUCUUUUAAUGUUAUGUUGGUGACUUAACCGGAAAAGUGCUGGAUCAUGAAUGUAAUUUGAAAAUGAUGUCAUCACAUCAAAAUUUUCUCUAGAAGUACAAUUUUUUAAGGAGUUGAUCUGUGCCAUUGAUGUAGGUAGCUGCAGGGUUUCUAACUAUUGGUCUUAUGUUUCUAUUUUUAAGCAAAACAAAGAAUUAAGGAUGCAUUUAGGUAAUCAAAAUGAGGUAAUUAAAAACUAAAAAAUAUACGUACACUGUAAUAAUUAUCUCUUACUAAGUGUUGUGUACAGUAUUAAUAAUUAUUGAACUCCAUAAUACAAAUAAUUGUCAUAAUAUUUUUAAAAUAAUUGUUAAAACGAUAAUUAAGGUCAGUAUUCUCUGGAAAAUGUUUCUUAUUAAUUUUUUUUUAUCAAAAGCGUAAUGUGCCAUAAAUAUAACUGCAUGAUAUAUUUUGUUUUUAGGAAAAAGAGGAUUUAGAAAUGAAGGUUACUUCCUUGGAUGAGGUAUUAAAACUACUUAAUUAUUUACCAUUACCUAGUUUUGACGACUGAUUUGGUCUUUUACUGAUAAAAUUAUUUCGUUGACUCUACCCACCACUAUUUGCCUCCUCUUUGGGGGAUAGUUGAAACAGUAUUAAUUUUUUGGUCUUCUUUUAAAUAAUGUUAUGUUGGUGACUUAACCGGAAAAGUGCUGGAUCAUGAAUGUAAUUUGAAAAUGAUGUCAUCACAUCAAAAUUUUCUCUAGAAGUACAAUUUUUUAAGGAGUUGAUCUAGAUCUGUGCCAUUGAUGUAGGUAGCUGCACGAUUUCUAACUAUUGGUCUUAUGUUUCUAUUUUUAAGCAAAACAAGGAAUUAAGGAUGCAUUUAGAUAAUCUAAAUGAGGUAAUUAAAAACUAAAAAAUACACGUACACUGUAAUAAUUAUCUCUUAUUAUUAAAGUGUUGUGUACAGUAUUAAUAAUUAUUGAACUCCAUAAUACAAAUAAUUGUCAUAAUAUUUUUAAAAUAAUUGUUAAAAUGAUAAUUAAGGUCAGUAUUCUCUGGAAAAUGUUUCUUAUUAAUUUUUUUUUAUCAAAAGCGUAAUGUGCCAUAAAUAUAACUGCAUGAUAUAUUUUGUUUUUAGGAAAAAGAGGAUUUAGAAAUGAAGGUUACUUCCUUGGAUGAGGUAUUAAAACUACUUACCGUAUUUAUUCGAAUAAGCGCCCAACCUCGAAUUAGCGCCCACCUCGAAUAAGCGCCCAUGCUAAAGGCAGAAAAAGUUAAUAAGCGCCCAGCCUCGAAUAAGCGCCCACCCCACCCCACUCCCUCCCACAAUAACUCCAAUAAGAGAUAAUAAGAGACCUUCCUGGAGACGGAGUUUUCUUCAGAGUAUUUUACAGAAACCUUGCUUUGUUACAUCUUCACUUUUUGUUGGUACCAUUUACUGUUUGGUUGUAAAAUAUACUACUACACUUGCUGAGAAUGGUGAAAAUUUAAUAAGCGCCCAGCCUCGAAUAAACGCCCACCUCGAAUAAGCGCCCACUCUCAAGGUCCAAAAAUUUAAUAAGCGCCCAGGGCGGUUAAUCGAAUAAAUACGGUAAUUAUUUACCAUUACCUAGUUUUGACGACUGAUUUGGUCUUUUACUGAUAAAAUUAUUUCGUUGACUCUACCCACCACUAUUUGCCUCCUCUUUGGGGGAUAGUUGAAACAGUAUUAAUUUUUUGGUCUUCUUUUAAAUAAUGUUAUGUUGGUGACUUAACCGGAAAAGUGCUGGAUCAUGAAUGUAAUUUGAAAAUGAUGUCAUCACAUCAAAAUUUUCUCUAGAAGUACAAUUUUUUAAGGAGUUGAUCUGUGCCAUUGAUGUAGGUAGCUGCACGAUUUCUAACUAUUGGUCUUAUGUUUCUAUUUUUAAGCAAAACAAAGAAUUAAGGAUGCAUUUAGAUAAUCUAAAUGAGGUAAUUAAAAACUAAAAAAUAUAUGUACACUGUAAUAAUUAUCUCUUAUUAAGUGUUGUGUACAGUAUUAAUAAUUAUUGAACUCCAUGAUACAAAUAAUUGUCAUAAUAUUUUUAAAAUAAUUGUUAAAAUCAUUAUGAUAAUUAAGGUCAGUAUUCUCUGGAAAAUGUUUCUUAUUAAUUUUUUUUUUAUCAAAAGCGUAAUGUGCCAUAAAUAUAACUGCAUGAUAUAUUUUGUUUUUAGGAAAAAGAGGAUUUAGAAAUGAAGGUUACUUCCUUGGAUGAGGUAUUAAAACUACUUAAUUAUUUACCAUUACCUAGUUUUGACGACUGAUUUGGCCUUUUGCUGAUAAAAUUAUUUCAUUGACUCUACCCACCACUAUUUGCCUCCUAAUUGGGUGAUAGUUGAAACAGUAUUAAUUUUUUGGUCUUCUUUUAAAUAAUGUUAUGUUGGGGCCUCACCGGAAAAGUGCUGGGUCAUGAAUGUAAUUUGAAAAUGAUGUCAUCACAUCAAGGAGUUGAUCUGUGCCAUUGAUGUAGAUAGCUGCACGUUUUCUAACUAUUAGUCUUAUGUCUCUAUUUUUAAGAAAAACAAAGAAUUAAGGAUGCAUUUGCAUAUUCUAAAUGAGGUAAUAAUUUAAAAACUAAAAAAUAUAUGUAAUUCAUCCCUUAUGAAAGUGUUGUGUAUCAGUACUAAUUAUUGAACUCAUAAUAUAAAUAAUUGUCAUUUACUUACAUUAUGUUGGUCUUCUUUUUUGAAAUUAUCCAAACAUUCUCGGAGAGAAUGGAUUUGUUUAGCCUCAUGAUGUGUUAUAAUUAUCCAUUUAAUUGCUUGAUGUGAAAUAUGUUUUUUAUUACAUGCUGUAUUUUAUUUUUAAGGAAUUGAUAGGUUCAGAAGUGAGUGUUAAUUCCUUAGAGGAGGUAAGUACCACUAGAAUAACAAUUAUUAUUUAUCUGUGAUGAAUAUAUACAGUGUUGAACAUAAACAUUUCUCAAGCUUUUUAAACAAGAUACGUUUUUGGUGUUCUAGUGGUAUAUUUCAGUCAAUCCAGUGUCUAAAAAUUAUGUCAGUCCCUGAAUGUAAUUUAGAUAUGUGGCCUCUAUUUAUGACCUCACUUGACUUUGGUAAUAGUAAAAAAUUGGUCAUUCCAUGUAAAUAAAACAGUCGCACUUACCACCGGUGAAAUAUGAGUGAAAUGUCUGCCAUUUUUGUUCUCACUUAACCAAAACAACUCAACCUCGUCCCCAGGUCUUCUUGGCUAACGGUGCCAUAAUCUGCAACUUGGCUUCACUUUUGAUGUCUUUGGUUGAAUAUGGCAAAGUUCUGCCAAAUUUGGUCAACAGUAGCUGGUUAUGAUGAGUUGUUAUGUGUGUGCUUUUAGCCAAUCAGAAACGGAGAAAUAUUUUGAGUGAAUAAUAAAAUAAAAUAUUUAAAUAAGGCCCAGAGUAAACUAAGCAGAAAAAAGGAUAGCGUGUAAAGAAUGCAAGAAUAAAUGUAAUGCAAAUGACCUUACAAUGAAUAAAUGUCCACAAGCCACCAGUAAACAUAAGCAUGCAACAAAAACAAUAUUGCUGACCCAGAAAACAGUCAGCGGAUCAACAGGAACCUGUUAGGUGCGUAGGGUAUGAAACGUCUUCAGGUGGCAACUUUUUAACAGAGUGCAGAGUCACUACCAGAUUAUCUUUGUCAUUUGAAUAAAAUUUAUGAAUUAUUAAUGCAAUAUUUUGAAUUAUUAAUAAAGCUAUACCCAUGAAGGAAAAUAAUUGGGCAAGCAAGAAAAUGACCCGGGCAAGUAAAACUGAAGACUUGCUUGCCCCAAAGGCAAGCUAAAAUGUCUCUUUUUUUAGUGCUGGUAUUGAAAAAAGAAGAGGUGUUAAAAAAGUUGGAAAUUGUACAGGAAGUGAAAUUUUGAGGGUUUUUUUCUUUGAAUUAUGUUUCAUUCAUUUAGCUGCAUGAUGUGCGUUGAAUUUGUUGUAUCAUUUUCUGUUUUAAUUUUUAGGAACUGAAACGUUCACAAGCAAGUGUUACUUCCUCAGAGAAGGUAAUUACCCCUAACAUGAUGUGAUAGUAAAAAAUAAUAAUCGAAAUAAUGCAAUAUUGGUAAUUAAAACAAUCGCACUGGUGUUGGAAAGAAAAUGAUACUUUUUUCCAUAUCUUUUUACCAUAACUUUAUUAUUCAACACAAGUGAACUUGUGGCCAGGUGAAGAAAAACACAUCGCAAACUUAUGGUCUGGAACGGCAAAUGACAGCUAGCUAAUGAUACAAAAGACAAAACAAAACAAAACAAAAACAUAAGGUUUGGUUCAUUUAUCUUCUUAGUUUGCGAGGACGUUUUAACAAUGUUCUGCCUAUGAAACGUGGAGUGCCUUCCAAAGGCAUCGUUUAUGGAGAUGUCUCAUUGUAGAGAAGUUGAUGUUCUGACAUCUGCUUGGCAGACCACUGCAUGACUACCUUUAAUAGGCCAAGCAAGGACCAUGUGGAGAAUAUUCUUAUCAACUACAACGACAAGAUUUCAAUUCCCCAGAUUCCGACACAAACAGACUUUAUUUUGUCUCCUAAUACUUAUGAAGCAUAGAUGGGUAUUCUGAAAUCCAUCUUUUCAAAAAUAGGUCUGCUAGAAAACUCGGCCUGUUUUUACUGCUUAUUUCAAUAAAUAUCAGUGUUACUUGAUUCCCUGGGGUGAAGGUCCAUGUUUAGUCACAACAGGAGAGGCUUACUCUGACAAAAGGGGUUCAGGAUCUUUCAAAUCUCUGGUUGGAGUUGUACAGGGACAGCUUGUCAUGGAGGAUCUUCAUAACUUCUCCCAUGAGGGUAAGGAGAGUUUCGUCAAUGACAACCUGGCUUCCUAAAAGCAAACAAAUGGAUGGGAUGAAUCAUUCUCCACAACAUUCCCCUGGUUUUUGCUAGCUUGUGGUGGAUUAAAGUUCCAGUUAAUUCCAAUUCGACUGGGGCUUCUUUUUUUCCAAGGCAGACUGCCUUGAUUAUCACCUCUGCUCCCCUAUAGUUGGUUCCCUUGUCGCUGUAUACUUCAACCAGUGGUCCAUGCCUGCUGACACCUUGUGAAGGCGUGAAUGAAGGAGUCGGUUUUUAGGUGAUAGGCAAUCUCUGUAUAUGCACUGCCUUAAAAUUGCCGGAUGUGAAUACACAAACUUGACAGUGUCUUAACUUCACUGGAACCAGUCCAAAAAGUAAGCCACUCCUACAGAUGAGAAUUGCAGACAGCUUAUGGGAUGAUCAUGGCAAUGGAGCCAUAAUGUAUUUGUUCAAAAGGUUUAGAGUUGCACUGCCAUCACUCCAAGCAUUUCCCAACUACAUGUUGUACAGUGGCAUGCCCUUGGAAAAUCCAAAAAUCCAAAAUUUUAAGCUCAGUGAAACAAAUGUGAAAAUGAAAUAAUCAGCAUGUCACGAGCGAAUCCUGUUGGGGACUCAGAUUAUUUCUUUGUCGCACACUUGUGACAUGCUGGUUAUUUCAUUUUCACAUUUGUUUGUUUCAUUCUUUGACAGCACACAGCACGAUGUCGACAUUGCUGAUCCUAGCAGUAUGCAAAUAUGAACCUGGUAUUUGGCCUCGUUCACCAUGAGUUCUCCGUAGCUCAAGUGGAUAGAGCACCCACCCGGUGUUUGGGAGGUCAUAGGUUUGAAUCCUGUCGGGGACUUACCCUGUCGGGGAUUUUUUUCUUUGUCCCACGCUCAUGACAUACUCAUUAUUUCAUUUUCUCAAACAAAAUUUUUGUGCUUUGGGAUAAUGACUAGCAGUCAGAGCAGGAUUUGAAACUUGGUGACCUAGUCAAAAUCCAGCACUCUAAACCACUUGGCUAUGUUGCCCUAAAUUAUUUUGGAUAUUUAAAUACCAGGUAUCCUUAAUGGAUAUAUAAUGGAUAUCAUUCGAUAUUAUAAUACUGAAGUAUAUAUAAAACUGAAGAUGCCUAUUGUAUUUUUUAGGAAGUGACGGAUCUACGUUUAAAUGAGACAUUUCUGGUGAAGGUAAUCGCAGUGUAACAAACUUAUUUUGCCUUUUUUGAUUGGCUUGCAUACAUAUGAAACAUAAUUUUUACUACAUGAUGAAUACUGCAUACAGCAAAUGUAACCCAAGGAUGGAUCCAUGCCAAACAGGACUUGCACAUCAGUCAUUUUCAUAGCAGGUUUCCGUCCUAAUACAUAAUCACUUUGUUGGGCAUUGUGGCUCAAUUUGCGGACUAAAUGGAGAAUUUGGAUUUUAGCCCUCUUAAACAAACCAGUGAAAAGUGAAAAUCAAACAAUCUGUAGUUCCAGAAAAUAUCCAUACCCCCACAGGGGGCACUUUUGCUUUUGGCCAUCCCACCCCCCCUGGAAUUUCCAUUCCAGGAGUACAUGUACUUGUCAAACCCCACCCCACCCCUUGGAAUUUCCAUAAUUUUCCAACUUGGUUAGGCACCCUCCGGAAAGGAUAGUCAUGUCAGCAGUGCUGCUGGGCUAUACUAUUAUGCAAAAGUUACUUGUUUUUGUGAUAGAGAGAAAAAAAGUCCUUUUAUUCAUUUUAGUGGAGUGUCUAAUCUCAAUAGGCAACUUUCGAUAUAUUAAAAUUCAGCAUGAUAGUGAGUCUUAGAGGACAAAAACAAAGAAAAUGAAUAAACUAUGAUUAUUCAUGUUUAUUCAUUUUCUUUGUUUGUGUCCUCUAAGACUCGCUAUCAUGCUGAAUUUUCAUAUAUCGAAAGUAGCUUAUUAUGCCUUGUUAAAAACAUGUCACAAGACGGCUUAUUAUUAUCAUACAUUCAACUCUUGAACUCUUUUCUGAUUGGCCAAAAGCGUACAGUGAAUUUUUGAAAUUGGCGCCUUGGACAUCAAGGACACUCAAGAUCAUGGGAAAUCAUGUCAAGUUCGCGCACAACUGUGUUGCUUGCCGUCAGUGAAGAAGCAAAAACACGACUUCCUGGUUUGCUUUGCUAAAUGUACAAUAAAACAAUUAUUAGAUUCGGUUUUCGUGGUAUCCAGAAUAACCAAUGUCGAGGUAGGGGUUAUCGGCUGAGACUGAUGACCAUUACCGAGACCUUGAUUAUUCUGGAUACCACAAGAACCUUAUCCAAUAAUUGUUUAGAAUGCGACCACAUUACGGUGAAUACCACAAUAUAUUGUGAAAUACAGUUACAGCUAGAUAUUAACCAAAAGUUUAUUUACGAGCCGAUGACACUGACUAUCUAUGGCAUAAGCCGUGAAAAAAAAAACAUUCAGCCGACCUUUAAUAAAAUAUCCUUGAUGAAAACAAUAAUUCUUGUUUUAAAAGACCGUUAACAGUAAAAUAACUGAUAGCCAGCUCAACAGAGCAGCUGUUAGUCUUUGAAAACUCACCUGUUGUACUAAUUUCGUCCCUGGAAAAAGACAUCACGAAGCUACCCCCCACCCGGUGAGAAAUUGAGUGUUUUUAGAUCCCCCUCCCCUCGGAAUUUCCGUUGCCCUCCAUUUUGGGGGGCCGGGUGGGGGGCCGGGUGGGGGGGGGGGUUGGGAAUGGAUAUUUUCUGGAACUACACAAUCAUACGAUGUAAGCAUCCAACCAAAAUUGAGACGCCAGUGCAUGCAUUAUUCGCACUGUUUCCUCCAUUUGCAGCAUUUGUGAAAGAAAUCACGGCCGAGGUUAAUAUUAUUUCCAAGCCCAAACCAUAUAUGGCUGAAAAAACAGAAACUAGCAAUUUCCUAAGCUAGAGAAGCUUCUGAUGUAAAUAACGCCUGUGUUAGCUCCAUGGCUCGCGCCCGUACUGUCUCACCACAGGCGGCCCAGACGUAGUAUGUGUCACUGAAUGAAUAUAUUAAUAUUCACAUGGACAAAUUAAUGCGAUGAGUCGUCGAAACUCCCAUGAACUAAAAUAGUCCAAGAGUGAAAAUAUAACAAAACAAAGCUAAGAUACCUUCAACUGAACGUAUCCUUGUCUUUCCUGGCUGGUUUAAGUGGCAUUUUGUUGAGUUUUGCAAUUGUAGGUACUAUCUACUAAAGAAGAAUUAAAGGCUGGCUACAAAACAAACGGACCAUCUCCACGCGCCUUCACACGAAGCGCUAUAAAUUCGAGAAUAAUCGACGAAUCCGCUCCAAAUUGCCAUCGGCUAAUCUGCAGGUAACGUGUGCUCCUGCUUCUUGCUCGCUGGCUCCACAAAACCCAUCGCAACUGCACAAUAAUUGCUCGCUCAUCAACAACCACUGUUGACCUUUACGCUUCGAUACGACCGCUAACUACCAGGUAUAAUACGCGACGUGAAUAUUCAAGCUUAGCGACCGCGUUCGCGCAACAAUGCAGCACUUGCUAAGGGAGGGAUUGUACCAUUGCUUCUAGGUCAAUCAAUCGGGAAAAUAAUAUUGACGCUCUUGUAAUUUUUAAAAAGAUCCAAUCUGCCUUAGGAUCAACGAACAGAUACGAAUUUUAUAGCGGAGCUGAAAAAAAUGAGCGGCAGUGGAAAAAGUGAACAAGAACAUGUACCACAUUUCCUCCAUAAAAAGUGAAAACCAGGAAGUUUUCUGGACGUUUCACGUUGCAGUCAUACAAAUCAACGGCAAGGAAAUGUACAAGAAAAUGUGCUGCAAUUUGACCUAUUGUUGUUUUUCACAGUUCUGGUCAAGGGCAUCCAACGUUUAAUUUUUCACAUUUCACUUACCGGGUAAGGCUAUUUUUCGUAGAGAGUAAAACGGAAUCCUAAAAUUUUCGGAUUUAAAAAUGUGAUGAAAGAAGGAAUCUGAAAAAUUAUCUCCUUCGUAAUACGUUAAAUUGCAUCUAAAUUUUCGGGAAAAUAAUUCUAAAUUCCUCGUAAUUUCGAAAAGACUCAAGUUCCUCUAGAAUGGCCGAACACUGAGAUACAAAUUUUAUAGCGCCACUUAGAAUGGAUUUCUAUAGAGCUAAAAGUACUUUAUGAAUAGCUACAAAAGUGUUUCAAUUGAAAGUAUUUGAGGAAACAGUCGUUGGGUGGCCCUGUCUCGUUGCCUUCUCCGCUUAGCAUUACACGAUAUAUUUUAUAUUUAGUUUGAGCAAACUAUAAAUCAUUAGCUUCGCUUUUAGCCCUCCUGACUAAAUUUAUGUAAGCGCUGUUUAUAAUGCAUUUUUAGAUCGAAAGUUCUCUGGACAGCCUUAAAUGUGAUUUCAAUGCAUUUAGGGGGAAAUCAUCGUUGGGUGCCCCUGAGUUUUGAGAAUAAUAAUGACAAAAAAAGAUAUCGCGCACAUAAAUUUUACUUUACGAUAUCUUCAGCUGUAUCUUCUAUUCAGCUGCAUAGCUGAGGCCAGAUUUUGCCUUUUUCCUGGGCGGAAAAUUCUAGUCCUCCUUCACCAGUUCGGACAACAUAUUGUGGAGUAAGACGUUGUUCUGGAAAGAACUGUUUAUUUAAUUAAUCUAAGCAAAUAGCUCUAGUAGAGUCAAGAACCCAUGCAAGCGGCUGGACGAACAAUGUCUCUGCAGCUGUGACAGCGAACGUUAGAAGAAUUCGAACUUGAAAACCAGGGCCGCCCUGUUGAAAACUUACGGACGGUCGCUCGAUCGCCUUUUGUUUUCUGGUCAAAACUAACGCAGCUAACCUUCGGUCAGUGUCGAUCGAUUGACCUAGAAGCAAUAGUACUAUCCCUCCCAUAGCAAGUGCUGCAUUGUUACGCGAACGCGGUCGCUAAGCUUGAAUAUUCACGUCGCGUAUUAUACCUGGUAGUUUGCGGUCAUAUCGAAGCGUAAAGGUCAACAGUGGUUGUUGAUGAGCGAGCAAUUAUUGUGCAGUUGCGAUGGGUUUUGUGGAGCCAGCGAGCAAGAAGCAGGAGCACACGUUACCUGCAGAUUAGCCGAUGGCAAUUUGGAGCGGAUUCGUCGAUUAUUCUCGAAUUUAUAGCGCUUCGUGUGAAGGCGCGUGGAGAUGGUCCGUUUGUUUUGUAGCCAGCCUUUAAUUCUUCUUUAGUGGAUAGUACCUACAAUUGCAAAACUCAACAAAAUGCCACUUAAACCGGCCAGGAAAGACAAGGAUACGUUCAGUUGAAGGUAUCUUAGCUUUGUUUUGUUAUAUUUUGACUUUUGGACUAUUUUAGUUCAUGGGAGUUUCGACGACUCAUCGCAUUGAUUUGUCCAUGUGAAUAUUAAUGUAUUCAUUCAGUGACACAUACUACGUCUGGGCCGCCUGUGUUGUAACCGGGAAGGGCUGGGGCGACUACGCGGUCGUACGGCAACGUCAGAACCGACACAAAAUGUAAACAAACUCGGACGACAGGACUAGUUUUCCCGUCUAGGUUUUGGUUGAUUUCUCUUCAAUGGUUUCGUUUAAAGAAAUAACAGACCUUGCUGUGCUUUCUUAUGGCAUGAAUUUUAUCAAUGAUGCUGGAUUUCUAUUGUUAUAUAAUUCGUAUAGCUCAGAAAACCUUUAUUUGCCAUAUCAUUUGUAUCCCGAGUUCGACCUUCAAAAUUUCAACGAAGAUGAAUGUCUGACAGAAUUUCGUUUCAAGAAAGUUGACAUCCCAAGGCUUGCACGGGCUUUACAAAUCCCUGAUGUUAUAAGAUGCUACCAAGGAACGAUUUGCGACGGGAUUGAACAUUUAGUCUAAAUAUGUCGGGAUUGAACUAAUAUAAAUGUCACACAACUUUAAUACAUUUAAACAGAGUUAAAUGAGCGUUCGCUCGCUCUAGCGCCGGUAAAUUAUAAAAAUUUAUUCUCAAAGCGAAACAAGUUGUUAAGAACAUCCCUGGCAGAUAAGCCAAAACAUAAAAAUAUCUUUUUAAUAGGUACUCGUGAAAUUAAGUCUUGACAAUCACUUAUUGAAACUAAAAUUUCUAUAAGCUUAAAUAAGCUCUCUUACUAGGCUUUCUUGUCUACAGCUAUGAUUAUAAGAUAUCCAAAUCGUUUGAGUUUUCGCUUAAAUAACGAAGCAAUAAUACCUAAGGAAUAUCUAAGUAUGACCAAGUACUUAGUCUUUGAAGUAGGCUUCUCAAAAAAGCGAAAUAAGCUUUAAAAUGGCAAAGAAAUGACAGUUAAUACUCACGUAGUGAAGAGUACGGCAAAGAAGGCAAUUUGACGCGGCAGAAAACGAGGCUACGGCGGGAAAGCCGUACUGCAACUCGCCUGGUGACGCCACCGGAAAUGAUUUUGACCUUAUGUAGCCGUAGUAGCCCCUUGCCGUAGCGAAUCUUAAAGUCCCUAUCAUCAUCAGUGGCGAAGUGCAUGUUAGUUUUCUGGCCUCCUACCAAACACACCAGGGCCGUACAUAGCGGGGGGGCGAAGGGGGCAGUUGCCCCCGCCAGGAAAACUAAAUGUUUUUUUUCUAACAUAGUGUCUGAUUUUGCUGGGCUGUUUCUUGUAGCUAUAUUGGUCCGAAAUCUCACGAAAACCGAGUUUGCCCCCGCAGACAAAAAAUCCUAGGUACGGCCCUGCACACUUAGUUGAAUCAGUUGUACUACUUAGCAUAAUUCAAUCCAUAAUUUCAACACUUGCAAAUAAGCUUUAUUGAACUAACCUUUCUUGUCUUCUACAAUUUUUGAAAGCUCUAAAGACAAAGAUUUUUGGAAUUUCUAGCCAGCUUUGGUUGAUUAUAGUGUUUUGUUAUUGAGGGAAUAAAAAGGCUACUCAACUUGCAAACACUGGCAUUAUUGCUCAGACUGUUUUUAUAAUGCUCAUUUUUUGCACUCUUUCUUUUCUCAAUGAUCCCCAAACUCAUAAUGAUAGUAAUCUAGUUUAUGUUCUCGCGCAAAAUGUUUUGGGCCCUUCUCUGGGAGGGCUCAUUUUAACCCUUGCUUAGCGACUCGGGCUUAAAUGAGUCUUGAGUCCGGCCCAAAACAUUUUUAUGCCUACAAACAUAAACUGAAAACUCUAAUAAUUUUAUUUUUAAUAGUAUUAUAUUUUAUCGAAUUGUAAUCCAUUAAAACAAUUUCUUUUUAAUUUUUUAAAUAUUUUUAUGAUAUUUUAUAUUAUUUAUGUAUUUUUUGCAUUUGAUAUAAUUAUUACAGUAUUCAAAGGCACUCCAACUGAUUCUCCCCCCUCCCUCAACUGUGGGCAAUGUAAAUACAAAUUUUAUUGCUCAGAGUACAGUGUCUAAAAUUUCCUCUGAUUGUUGGUCUUUGUAAUGUUAGCGUUGGCGUCAAGAUUCCGAAAGUGAAAAUCUGGAUGAGUUGCAGGUAAUCUUAAGACCUAGUAAACUGAGUUUAUUAAACUGUCCAAAGAACUGUCUUGUUCAGUGAGUGUUAUAUAUAGAUCUGUAUAGUAAUCUAAACCGUUGUUGUUGAUAUUCUUUAGAGGAUGAGGAAGAAAAUUUCGGACUUAGAGGAGGAAAACAAACGGGUAAUUUUUAGUGCUAAUAUCUCUGUGCCAUUCCAUUUUAAGAUAAUAUUGUGAGAUGGUAAUGUUUUUGUUCUAUUUUGGGAGGUCAUCACAGCAGAGUUCCAUGUGAUUGUAAUAUGGUUUAUUAUUUAUUCAAAAUAUUUCCCCGUUUCUUGUUGGUUCCAAUCCCCUGCCUAAUUCUGGCGCCUAACAGAAAUUUCUUCGACUAUUGCUUGAUCGAUUAUUUGGAUAUUUGAAUACGUAAAAAAGAACAAAAGAAUUCCCCCUGACAGUUCCCGAGCUGAGUUUUAUGUACUGAUUAAAGAACGCACAUUCGUGUGUUAUCAGGUUAAAAACAAAACCCUGAGAUUAACCGUUUCCUUUUAUGUGACCUUUUAGUUUCAAGAUCCAGUAUUGAUAUAUUGAAAGGUAGUAAAAUAAGGGCACCGAUGUCAUUGCAACUUUAGUGGUCAUAACAAAUUCUCAUCUUUAUCUAACACAACUGUGGUGGCAAUUUUUCCAAAUAUCUUGAAUUGUGGUAGCCAUCAUAAAAAAAUUCUAGAAAGUUAAAAGUAUAUGAUUUUUAUAGGAAUUGUUCAGAAGUCCUUGUCACGCACCACUCUCCUGAUAGAUAAAACAUCUAUGGAAAUUUGUCCAUUAUUGUUAAAGGUCGCUGUGAGGAUUAAAAAGUAAUCAAAAACGACAAGAGAACGAAAGUGUUUUGAACUCUCAAAAAAAAGGCGAUAAAUAUUAAAGAUACACCUAAUUGCAAUAACGUUUGUCUUAGAAAAAUGCUAAAAUUAAAACGAAAAAAACAGAAUUAUCAAGCCUACUGAUAAACCACUCUAGGAAGCAAUCAUUUGCAACAAAGCGGUUUUCAAGCGGAAAAACAAAUAUAAAUGCAAUGGCUGCACGCACAUGUUCCAAACUUGAUGAACCCUAGAGUGGUUUAUUAGUCAGCCUAAUUAAUUCCUCUUUCCCCUAUUAUUGCGGUUAGGUGUGCAGCCCGGGCUGCAGCUUUUGGGCGUUCGAGAAAUUCAGCUCGGUCUCAUGUUUCAGACUUCAGAAUGAGUAGGUCAGACAGCCAGCCAGUGGCUGUUGUCGGAGACUGUUUCAAACUUAGGGGUGCUGGGUGUUAAAAAUGGGAGGAAACAUGGUGAUUUGUCAAAGAAGUCCCGAAAUUUGUUUGUCUAUAGUUGAAUAAAUGACAGAGAAUGUGAUUUGGUGCAAUUUCUAAUAUUCCCCAACAGAUACUUAAUCUUAGUCGCUGAGAUUUUCUCUCAUAUUUCUCUACAAAUAAAUUUAAUGACGCAGUGGCGCAUUGUUGCCACUUCUUUGCGGCUCUCCUUCCCCAAAUCACCUUACCUUUGCUUCCCCCCUCCAAUCCGCGAGUGAAGAGAGCUUUGGGGAAGCGUAAGGCAAGGUUAUAAACUGUGUCUUUGUCCCCUUUUUUAGUUAAAGCAAUUGGCAGAUGCAACGCAGAAGUAUCUGGACAAUAUGGUCGGAUUUGUUCGCCAGGUAAUUAUCAGUAAAUAUAGUGUUUUUUCGUCCUUGCCUAUAAGGGAACGUGAAGGUAUUUACAGUCUCGAGGCAAAUUUUUUUAUCUUUUUAAUCAAUGCAUUCUUUUUUCUAGAAGUACAUUUGUAGAUAAGGUUUUCAGGGAAGAGAUUCCUCCGUAGAAUGACAGACAAUUUUUGAAGGUCACUAUGGAACCCCAUCCAAGUGUUACCUAUCUCCCGCGGUCAUGUUCUACCUCUCCUAGAUGUUCUAGUCAACAAAACCGAACCACACCUAACUGUAACCACCGUUUAGCGGGAAAAAACUUUCACAGGUUUGCUCACCAGUAAUCUGAGUUUCCUCCCUUCACCUACAAAUUGGGAGUAAUCAAAACCUUGAUUGAUAGAACCUUUGAGGUAAACAACCCUUGGAUGGGGUUGCCUACUAACCUUCAUAAAUUGUUUGUCAUUCUACGGAGGAUUUACUUCCCUCUGACAAUGUAAAUUCUCUGCAUUGGGUGAUAAUAUUUAUUUAUAAAACACAAGAGCACCUAAAGUUUCCAAAAGGAUGCAUAGUAAUGAAAUUGUAUAUGAUAUAGUGAAUGAACGUUUUAAUUAUUUUCACUGACUUCUAGACUGCAAGCAGUCUCCCUUUUUCUUCAUAUUUAGUGAGGGGAGUGCACGCGCGUGGUCAUUUGCGUGUCUCGCGUGUUUCACUCGACGGACUAAGAAAAAAGGGAGACUGCCCGUAGUCUAACUGACUUCUGAUAAGUCCUUAUAACACUAAGCUCUUUUAUACCGGUGUCAUGUUUAGUAUGCGACUUCCUCACUGGUGCUUGUUGUAUUUCGUAUGGUGUCACGUUAUUUAUUUAUUUAUUUAUUUAUUUAUUUACUAAUCGUAUCCGCAGCCAUUUCCUUCCACUCCUGGUCCAGUAGCUGCUCCAGUGAACGACGAACAGUGUGUACGUAUUAAUUUCCUCACUGGCGCUUGUUGUAUUUCGUAUGGUGUCAUUUUAUUUAUUUAUUUAUUUAUUUAUUUAUUUAUUUAUUUAUUUAUUUACUCGUCGUCUCUACAGUCUUUGCCUUCUGCUCCUGGUUCAGUGGCUACUCUAGUGAACGUCAUUCCAUGUUCACGUAUUAAAUACGAUGACACGGAUGUCAUGCUGCUGAAAGUAGCUAUGGCGGUGGCUAGCCGAGCGGAAAUACCAACACAAACAGAAAACCUCCCAAGUGUCGGCUGUGUUAUUCGUCGUGCAGGACACCCCACCCUACCAUCGUUCCAUUCACUUGGAUGGAAUGGGUUUUUAAUAAAAACAAGUAAAAGUGAUCUGGACGGAGCCUUGAAGAAUGUCCAAAUCACGUCAACCAAGAAAAAGGAUAGGGUCCUCGCGUCGCUGUUCGGCCUUCAUGCUGAGGAUAAUGCGCUUCGGUAUUGUCCCGAAAGCUUGAUUGAUGCUACCGUAUAUUCUACACAUGUUCCUUGCUACGAGUGUGCAAAAAGACUUAUUGAGCGUGGCAUCGGGCGUGUUUUGUACUUGUUCUGGCUGGAAGGUUGUGAAAGUACAAUUGACCUGUUCAAAAGUCGUGACAUUACAUGCACAGCCUUUGGUCGAAGAGACUUAGUGCUCGAGGACUUUAAUCUUGAUGUCCUUACGACAAGGGGCAUUAACCGUGGAGGCACCAAUACGGAGAAACCACCAGAGGAGUGUCCAUAUUUUUUGAGCUCUAAAGACUGCAAGCAGGAAUAAGUAGGGUUUAUGUUCGUGCGUUUUCGGUAUAGCCUUCAUGGUCCUUCAUGUACUCACCCUUCCCCGAAAAAUAGAAAACGGCGUUUUUCUUUCUUAAUUAUUUUGUACAUUCGUAUUUAACGUUUUUUGAUAGUGCUGUUACAGCUGCAGAAAGAUACUCAAUUAGAACGUUAAUGCUGAAAGGAUAAACCCGCUGCUGCUUGCAUGAAACUCAAACUCUCGCUUAGAAUAGUUUUCUCUUUUACCCGAAUUUUUUUUUUUUGAUAAGCUUGUAAUAUCUCAGUUAAAAAAGUUCCGGCUUCCCUUUUUUCCAAAUAUAAGGCUCAGUAGAUUGUAUAGUAAGGAAGAAACCUCAGUGCCGAAAAAUAAUAAUCUUAAACCCAUUAGUGCCAGUUGAGAAAGUGAAGAACUAAUUAAUCAAUUAAUUGGCAUAUAGUAGUGCAUCUUUAUGUAAACAGGUCGUUUAGUAGGCCAUUUUCAUGAUAGCGUCAUUUUACUACCACGACCAGAAUCCUUCAGGUUUUUGCUUUCUUGUGCAAAUUAGUGCCUUUGUUAUCUAGACCUCGCUGGGAUUGCCAACUUUAAAUGUGAAAAGAAAAACGAAAAGAAUUCUGGUCGUAGUAGUAAAAUGACGCCAUCGUGCAAAUGGCCUGUUGGUGUUUAAACGGUUAGGACGAAUUGAGUCCGAAAAGUAGUUUUCUGCCCUGUUGUUUUGGAACACCAAUAUGGCCGCCGUGACGUCAUGUGAAAACGGUCUAUCGUCCCAAGAGAAACUGAAAACAAUGGUUACGCAAAAUUUUAAGGGGACAAAAAAAUUAUUACGGUAUUUUCUAAAGCGGCCAUUAGGCUUUAGUACACCUCUAGCAAAAAGGUGCAGUACUUAACAGUUGCAGCGAAUCACUGUAUUUAUAUCCUUACAGCAUUUCUUUAAUGUAACAAAUUGUCCAAUAAAUUUAAUAGCUUUAGUAAUUUUUAGUUUUCUUCACUGUUACCAAGAGACCUAAUGGCCAUUAUGGCUCUUGAUGUUACGUCGCUUUUAAAAGUAAUGAUAGAGAACAGUCCUCUCUUGAAGAGAAUAAAAUAAGCACACAAUAAUAAUGAUAUAACGAAUGUUCUUUUUUUGAAGUCAGCAGUAUCGGAAGAUCAUUUUUUUCUUAGUAUAGUGUAUAUUGCAUUAAAUGCAGAAAUAGUAAUGGAAAGUUGACCGAGAUGUCAAUGUGAUUAGCUCGACUAAUAGUAAAUAUAUUUUUAAAUAGCUGUCCGUAAAUCAUAGCGUGGAAAUAUUAUUAGAUAAUUUUAGGAUUUUAAUUGAUACAGAGUAAUUUUGUACAAGAGCAGUUGUUGAUAAAGAAAAGUAAUUUUU